AUGCAGUCAGAAGAUCAAGUACAUCUACUCGCCGCCCUCGAUGCGGCUAAGUCGCGGUAUAUUGAAUUGAACGCUCGAUCAAAGUCACUUCAUGAAGAGGCUGUCAAUGUCCUUCCAGGCGGCAACACAAGGACUAUACUUCACACAGAUCCUUUUCCGAUAUAUAUGAAAUCCGGAAGAGCCUAUCAAGUUACAUCUGAAGAGGGAAAUACCUAUACUGAUAUGGCUGGGGAGUUUACGGCAGCGCUUUAUGGACACUCCCACCCAACCAUCCUUUCUGCUAUGAAUGAUGUGAUUCAAAAUGUUGGAAUGAACAUUGGAGCUACAACAACUCAAGAAAGAUUGUUCGCCAGAGAGAUUUGCAAACGGUUUCAACUGGACAGAAUGAGACUUACUAAUUCCGGCACGGAGGCUAAUCUACAUGCUCUAGCAGCAGCGAGGAAAUUCACUGGGAAAAAAAAGGUUGUCACCUUCAGUGGAGGCUAUCACGGCGGAGUCCUGAUGUUUUCUGGCGGGAAGCCUGCUCCAAACAACGUUGACAUCGAUGAGUGGAUUGUCGUGAAGUACAAUGAUUUGGAUGCUGCUAAGGAAGCCAUUCAGAGCCCUGGAGUUGCUGCUGUUUUGGUGGAAGGAAUGCAAGGUUCCAAUGGGUGUAUUUGUGGGACUUCGGAAUUCUUACAUGGCAUCCAGCGAGCUGCGUCAGAUGCGGGAGUACUCUUCAUCCUUGACGAAGUGAUGACUUCACGAAUAUCAGAUGGUGGACUUGCAAGACUACAAGGGCUAAAGCCAGACCUCAAAACCUUUGGCAAAUAUCUGGGUGGCGGGCUUGCAUUCGGCGCAUUCGGCGGUAGAGCGGAUAUCAUGGCGGGAUUUGAUCCUCGACUGAUUGGUUCCAUUUCUCACUCGGGGACAUUCAAUAAUAACACACUUGUCACCCAUGUCGGCUACAUCGGUUUAACUACGGUAUUUACACCGGAAACAGCAAAAGCAUUUACAGAGGCGGGGAAUACAUUUAGAGAGCAGCUUAAUGAGGUGACAAAUGAUACCAGGAUAUACUUCACCGGCAUAGGGACACUCCUCACAGCGCAUUUCCUCGCGAAGGGUCCUCGACAUAUUGAAUGUGCGGAUGAUGUUGAAGAGAUCCCAGAGCUGAAAACUCUAUUUUGGCUUGAGAUGCUCGAAGCAGGUUUCUGGGUCACUCUACGCGGUUUCAUAGCUAUCAUACUGGAGAUGCCUCAGUCGGAGCUGGAGAGAUUCGUGCAAGCGGUGCAAAGUUUUAUUUCUAGGCAUCGGGAUCUUGUCGUACUGGAUCUGUGA